AGAGCGAGAAGUUGUUUCUCUAUAUAUAGCCCUUUAAUGUUAAAGAAUCGCACAGUGAAUUAAAGAUCUGCAUUUCAUUUCCAAAGUUUGGAAAGCCCUUUAAUUUGUCCCUUAUCCGAGUGCAUGCGCUUAAAGCUUGCUGGACUUCUGUUUUAUCAGGUUCAACCAAAAAUCUCUCCCUCUCAUUCUCAGGUUUAUUUCAUUAAUUUCUUUCAUUCUUUUAUGCACAUCGUUCCAUGUUCUAGCUAGCUAUAUAUAGUGAGGAUCUUGUGUUUGUCAGCAGGAAGUUUCAGAACAGCAACUUGAUAUAUAGAUGGCAGGAAAAUCAGCAAGGUUUGAUGAUCAAGACGAUGUAUCUACAAGGUUGUCUGAUGAAAUCGCAGUUAUGAUAGAAAGCAUAAAGGCACUCCCAGUCCCAGAUCAUCUGUUUACUUGCUGUAUCUACAAGGUUUCAGAUGACAUUCGCCAAUCGAACAAAGAAGCUUAUACUCCUCAGGUAAUAUCAAUAGGGCCUUUUCAUCGUAAUAACCCAAAAUUGCAAGAGAUGGAAAGUUUUAAAUUGAGACAUCUAGAGAGAUUUCUAGAACGAGCCGAAAAGAAGUUGGAAGAUAUAAUAAGUACUGUAAUAGGUGAGGAAAAAAGGGUUCGGAAAAGUUUUUCGGAGACUAUAACACUUGGCAGUGAUGAUUUUGUGAAAAUGAUCCUGGUUGAUGCCUGCUUCAUUAUCGAGUUUUUUUGGAGAGCAAUGCCGGGGGACUUCCUCAUCAAUGGCUACCCCGGAUUUCGUGAUCGUGAGUCGUUACUCAAGAGGAUGCAGAUGGACUUGAUAUUACUUGAAAAUCAGCUUCCUUUCUUUAUUAUUGAGAAAAUAUAUAACACUGCAUUUCCAUCUCUCUCAAUAGAAAAACCCAUCAUUGAUUGGCUUAGCUCUAGCCUGUUUAAAUUUUACCACGAUGAAGUAUAUGAAUUUGGUCAUCACGAACUUAUUCGUGAUUCUGGGUCGUCGGGAGUAAAUAUAUUGCACUUCACUGACUUGCUUGGAAAAUUUCUCUUGCCUUCUCGCGUAAGCCGACCGCAAAUAAGUUUGGAAGCCUCAGAGGAAUUAAUGCAGAGUGUAGCCUAGCUGAAUGAGGUAGGAUUGAAGCUUAAGAAGACACAAUCAAGCAAUUGCUCACCGCUUGAACUAAAAUUUCAUGCAGACGGCCGAGUGCUGGAAAUCCCACGCUUUCGGUUAGACAUUGUUGGUUUUAAGAAAACAGAACACUGUAAAAAACAGAGGAGAACUUCAACCAACACUUGUUUGAUUGAUUCUAAAUAUGUUCUACGUAUGCCAUAAACCAAAUACAACUUAUAAGUAAUCUUGAAACAAUCAGCAACUAAUGACAGAUAGUUCCAAAGCAAGACAUUAACAGAGUUGGCUAAAAAUAACAAAAGGCUAAAAAUAGAGUUUAUUGAAAAACCACAUCAGCAUCAAUGUGCUGCAGCUUCAAUACUCCUCCUUGAUGCAUUUUUCUGAAACUCCAAGCAUCAUACGCAGCUUCUGAAAUUUGUCUCUAGGAAGUGCCUUUGUAAAGAUGUCAGCCAUUUGUUCUUCUGACUUACAGAAUUUAAGCUUAAUUUCUCCUUUGGCAGCAACUUCUCUUAGAUAGUGAUACUUGAUUGCUAUGUGCUUAGUUCGGCUAUGAUAAAUUGGAUUCUUGGCCAUUGCAAUUGCUGACUUAUUAUCACAGAAAAUCUCAACUGGAAGUUGCUGCUUUGCUCCCAUAUCUUCAAGUAUUCUAGUCAGCCAUAUAGCUUGAUUUACAGCAUUGGCAGCAGCAACAUACUCUGCUUCUGCUGUAGAUUGAGCCACAGAUCCUUGUUUCUUCGAGCCCCAUGAAAAAACACCUGAUCCCAGAUUGAAACAAUAUCCUGAAGUGCUCUUCAUAUCAUCAAUUGAACCAGCCCAAUCACUAUCUGUAUAUCCAAUUAAUUUUGAAUAAGAACACGGCUUAAACAAAAUGCCAAACUUCAAAGUGCCUUGAACAUAUCUCAGCACCCUUUUUGCAGCACCAAAAUGGACUUGACUGGGAUUUUGCAUAAACCUAGACAACAUGCUUGUAGCAAACAUGAGAUCAGGUCGUGUAGAAGUGAGGUACAACAAACUUCCAAUCAAACUUCUAUAAGCAGCACCAUCAGCCAAUUUUCCCCCAUCUUCUUUCUUGAAUUUCUCAUUUGCAAUUAAAGGAGUUGCCACUGAUUUGCAAUCAGACAUAUUGAACUUCUUAAGCAAAUCUUCAGCAUACUUCUUUUGAGAAAUAAAAAUGCCAUCAUCUUGACAUACUUCCAUACCAAGAAAGUAAUGCAUUAAACCCAAAUCACUCAUUUCAAAAGACUUCAUCAUCUCUAGCUUGAAUUCUUCAAUCAUCUUUGAGUCAUUUCCAGUUAUGAUCAAAUCAUCAACAUAUAAGGAGACUAUGAGCAGAUUUUUACCUUUGAUUUGAACAUAAAGUGUAGGUUCACUCACACUUUUCUUGAAGCCUUGUUCUCCAAAGUAACCAUCGAUUUUGCUAUACCAUGCUCUAGGUGCUUGUUUAAGCCCAUAUAGAGCUUUUUUUCAGUCUAAACACCUUGUCAUCUUCCUUCUUGAAGCCUUCGGGUUGCUCCACAUACACUUCCUCUUCAAGUUCUCCAUUGAGGAAAGCUAAUUUAACAUCAAGUUGAGAGAUCUUCCAACUCCUUUGAGCUGCUAGUGCAACAACAGUUCUGAUGGUGUCCAAUCGAGCUACUGGAGCAUAGGUUUCAUUGAAAUCAAUCCCAGGCUGUUGUGAGUACCCUUUAGCAACCAAUCUUGCUUUGCAUUUCUUUAAUGACCCAUCAGGAUUAAGCUUCCUUUUGUAAAUCCAUUUAACUCCAAUGAUUUCUUUGCUGUCUGGACGAGGAACAAGCUCCCAGGUAUUGUUCUUUUCAAUCAUCUUAAUCUCCUCCUUCAUUGCAUCAACCCAAACUGAUUCUUUCACAGCAGCUGCAUAAUUUUCAGGUUCCAAAGAGGCAUAGUUGCAAGAUUCAUAAAUUUCACUUAGAGAUCUUAACCUUCUAGGAGGUGACUCGGGUGAAGAUUGAUCUGAAACUUCAAAGUUGCUGUCAUAACUUUGUGCUGAAGUUGGUGUUGCUGGCUGAUUAUCUUCAUCAUUUUCCAUCCUCACUUCAGGUUCUUCAGUUUCUGGUAUAGUCAAUGGCUGAUUUGAGUCUUCAUCUUUCUCCCAACUUAAGGUUGAGUGUUCAUCAAACACCACAUCUCUACUGGUUACCAGCUCCUGAGUUUUUAAAUUGAAGACUCUAUAUCCUUUGGAUUGAGAGCUGUAUCCAAGGAAAAUUCCCUUUACUGACUUUUCUUCUAACUUGUGCCUUUUUUGCUCAGGGACAUGGAUAUAACAAAUACAUCCAAAAAUUUUUAGAUGCUCAGCAGUAGGUUUGAUCCCACUCCAAGCUUCAAUGGGAGUUAAAUUUUUCACAGCUUUUGUAGGACAUCUAUUCAAGAGAUACACAGCUGUGUUAACAGCUUCAGCCCAGAACUUUUUAGGGAGUCCUUUUGCCAUUAGCAUAGACCUGGUCAUCUCCAUAACAGUCCUAUUUUUCCUCUCCGAGACUCCAUUUUGUUGUGGAGUAUAGGCAACAGUCAACUGGUGUUCCAACCCUUCAUUUUUGCAAAACUCAUCAAACUUUUUAGAGUUAAACUCAGUGCCUCUAUCACUUCUCAAAGUUUUGAGUUUUCUGCCACUUUGGUUCUCAACAAGCAAUUUAAAUUUCUUAAAAAUUUCAAAUACUUCUGAUUUUUCUUUGAGAAAGUACACCCAAGUCAUUCUAGAAAGAUCAUCAAUAAACAAGAUGAAGUACCUGUUUUGACUUUGUGAAGGAGUUCUCAUAGGACCACAUAAAUCUGUAUGCACAAGUUCCAAAACUGUUUUGGCUCUCCAUGCUUCUCCUUUUGGAAAGGAUUCUCUAUGUUGUUUUCCCAACAUGCAACCUUCACACACGGCCAUAUUUUGAUCUAGAAGAGGUAAGUUUCUCAUCAUAUUUUUUUGAUUUAACAACCUUAGUGCAUUAAGGUUAUAAUGUCCAAACCUUUGAUGCCAUAAGGUAGUUUCAUCAUUUUUAACCACAAGAGCCUUCGGGUAUUGCCAAUAGAUAGGAAAAUUUCUCCCAUUUCCCAUCUUCACUUCAGCCACCAAAUGAUUGUUGUUCUUUAUAUCGUAAAUAGUGCACUGAUCAUCUUCAAAGUGAAGGGUGUAUCCAUUUUGCAUCAUCUGUCCAACACUUAGCAGACUUUGAUCAAGGCUUGGAACUAACAACACAUCAUUUAUAAAUCUGGUUCCCCUUUUGGUUUCCAAAGCUACUGUGCCUUUCCCUCUUGCCUCCACCAGAUCACCAUUUCCGAGUUUGAUUUUUACCUUAACAAAAUCAUCAAUCCAAGAAAAUAGACUUGAAUCUGGUGUCAUGUGGUUGCUACAGCCACUAUCGAGAAACCAUUCUCUUUUUUGUUCAGCAGCCACUUGACAAGCAUAAAACAACUGCUCUUCCUUAUCCUCUGUAAAAUUUGCUUGUUGAUUCUUGUCUUUAAACCUGCAAUCCUUUUCUUCAUGGCCAAACUUUUUGCAAUUUGUACACUGAGCUUUGCCACGAUGAAAGCAAUUUUUCUCCAAAUGAUUAGUUUUCUUGCAAAUACCACAGGGUUGAAAAUUACCUUUUGUAGCAUACUUUUUCUGAUGACUUUCUCCAUCUUUUGCCUUGCCUUUAUACCCCUUUUUGAAAUCCUUUUGCUUCUGAUUUUUAAGAUUGAUUUUCAACUAAAAUGCAUUUUCAAGAGUAGCUUCAUUCCUCCUGUCAAGCCUUUGUUCAUGUGCUUGCAGAGAACCCAUCAGUUCAGUAACUGAAAGUGUAGAGAGAUCCCGAGAUUCUUCAAUGGCAGCAACAAUCGAGUCAUAUUUCUCAGUUAAACUAAUGAGGAUCUUUUGUACGAUUCUCUCAUCAGUUAUGGCCUCUCCAUAAGCCCUCAUUUGAUUAACAACUUCAAUGAGUUUUGAGCAAUACUCUUUGGCAGUUUCAGAAUCUUUCAUUUUAAGAUUCUCAAGCUCCCUUCUCAACCCUUGAAGCUUAAUAGUUUUAACUUUGCUAUUUCCUUGAAACUCAAGUUGUAAAAUUUCUCAUGCUUGUUUAGAAGUUGUAGCUCUCAUUAGUCUUGGAAAUAUAGAUUCACUUACAGCUUGUUGCAGAGUGAAUAAUGCCUUUGCAUCCUUCUGUUUUUCCAGCUUGACUUGACUUGAAACUGAACCAUCACCACUUGAGCUUUCACUAGCUGUUGGAACUCCAGACUCGAUGACAUCCCAUAGAUCAAGAGACAAGAACAAAGUCUUCAUUUUUAUGCUCCAGUAGUCAUAAUUUUCACCAGAAAAAAUAGGAAUUGAAGUGGAUGAACCAGGGGCAGCCAUUUUUUCCAAGAAGAUUAAACCUGCUCUGAUGCCAAUUGUUGGUUUUAAGAAAACAGAACACUGUAAAAAACAGAGGAGAACUUCAACCAACACUUGUUUGAUUGAUUCUAAAUAUGUUCUACGUAUGCCAUAAACCAAAUACAACUUAUAAGUAAUCUUGAAACAAUCAGCAACUAAUGACAGAUAGUUCCAAAGCAAGACAUUAACAGAGUUGGCUAAAAAUAACAAAAGGCUAAAAAUAGAGUUUAUUGAAAAGUUACAUCAGCAUCAAUGUGCUGCAGCUUCAAUAGACAUAAGGACACAGAUUUAUGCUCGAAACCUCAUCUCCUUUGAGCAAUGUUCCUAUCCUUAUGAAGCCUAUAUUACUCAUUAUUACUUCCUGUUGCGUUUAUUAAUCAGAAGUCAGAGAGAUGUGGAUUUAUUUGUUCGGGAGAGGAUCCUCGGUGGUGGUGUAGAUUUGGAUGCAAUUUCCAUGCUCAACAAGAUCUUAGCAAAUAUCGACCUUUCAGAGAUGUACGGCAAUUAUUAUAGUCAGCUUGCUGGAGAAUUGAACAAAUUUUAUAAAGCCCGCGUGACUUACUUUCAGAAAAUGAUGGCUAUCUUGAAACGUGAAUAUUUUCGUAACCCUUGGAGGGGUGCUGCCACCAUAGGCGGUAUUUUCUUGUUGCUGCUCACUGUGAUACAAACUCUGUGCGCUCUUAUCUCGGUGAAGAAUUGAAAAUGAAGCUUUUGUAAUUCUAAGGGUAUUGGAUUGCUUUCUGAUAAUUUACGUUGUACUCGUUAGUUCAUUAUGUUGUUGAACUGAAAUCUCAAUGUACAUAUACGUAAUAAAUCUUUCGCUCUUGAAUUUGUGGUAUUACUUUAUAGCCAA